AUGCUGUUCUACUUGACUACUCUAGGCCUUGCGAGGUUCCUAAUUGAGGACGAACCACCAAGUGAUGAAAAGAGUGACAAAAAAACUUUGAUGGCAGUGGAUGCAUGGAAGAAUUCCGAUUAUUUAUGUCGAAAUUAUAUCCUGAAUGGCCUAUCUGAUGCCAUGUACGGAGUGUAUUGUGGCAUGAAAUCAGCAAAAGAGCCGUGGGAAACUCUGGACGGGAAAUACAAGACUGAGAAUACAGCGCCCAAAAGGAUGUUCAUUAAUGAAACCUUUCAAGUUGCUGCAAUGAUUAAGAAGCUGCCUCCUAGUUGGGGAGACUUCAGAAAUUAUCUUAAGCACAAGAGAAAUGAAAUGGACAUGGAGGCUCUUAUUGGAAAGAUUCGAAUAGAAGAUGACAAUAGGAGGUCUGAUAGAAGAUUCAUGAAGGCUGGAAUAAAGGCUAAUAUUAUAAAGCAUGGUAGUAGCUCCAAGAACAAGAAGAAACCUGGAAAGAGUUUCAAGUUAAGGCCUAAAGAAGGCAUCUCCAAGAAGGCUAAGUUCCAAGGAAAAUGUUUCAAUUGUCACAAAAUGGGUCACAGAGCGGCGGAUUGUAGACUGCCGAAGAGAAAGAGGAACAUAGAGACAACGAUGAUGGAGCACAUCACAAGAGAGGUAGAUGAAAUUGACCUAAGCGCUGUUGUCUCUGAGGUGAACCUAGUGGGUUCUAAUCCAAGAAAAUGGUGGAUAGGUACAGGUGCAACCUCCACGUGUGUGCAGAUAGAAGCAUGUUCACCUCCUUCGAACCAAAGGCAAAUGAAGAAGUUGUUCAUGGGAAAUUCUGCAUAUUCAAAAAUCCAAAGGGAAGGCAAGAUUGUCCUGAAGAUGACCUUUGGGAAGGAUCUGACUUUGAAUAAUAGCUUCCCAAACAUGAAUUUUCUGAUUCUCAAUGAAGGAAGGCAAGAACAACAUGGGUUUGAUUCCCGUGUCCAUAAUAACUUGCGGGAGGUUGACGGAGUUGAUAAACGUUGUCCUCGGAUGGAGGAGGAAGCGAUAAGAGAAUCGAUGUUAUAA